AUGCCAUCAGCACAUCGCAAUCAGCACUUCCGGUCGAAGAAGUUCCCCCAUCGCCCCGCUCCAAAAUCCGAUCCGUCACCUGGCGCAAGCCAUAGUAGGCGCCCGCCACCGACAGACCACACCAACUCGCGGCCAGCAAAGCGACCUAGACAAGACAGGGAGCCCAGGUUCACGGAGCAGCAGCAGUCAUCAUCAUUUCACGGUUUAGCGCCUCGUAAGCAGCACCACCACAAGUUUAAGAAAGAGCCCCGGUUCAGGCGACAGCGAUCUCCCUCUUUCGAGCCAACACCGUCACCGUCGUUCGAAUUCGAGGUAGAGGACGAUGAGGUUGAGGAAUGGGAGCCCGAGCCCGACCUCAUCUCUGGACCCAGAGUUGAGGAGUUAACGUCGCCUUCUCCCCCACCGUCUCCAGCAAUGCGCCAGCCUGAGGCCACGAGCAAUGGCGACUGCGAAUCCAAGCCAGAGUCUAAGCCCGACUCAGAGCUUCAUACCGAGUCUGAGAAUGCCCCCGGUCAACUCAUCCUACACCCCCUCUCUCACCAACAAACACCGCGCUCCCUCCAAAUCAAAUUCCGCCGCACCGUCACCUGGGACACUUCCAGCGCUUACUUCCAGUCCCAGCAACAAAACCAACAACUUAACAUCCCCGACGUCCCCGAAGAGCGCACCGUAAUCGAAACCAUCCCCCUCCCCCUCAACCCACAAACCUCCCGCCCCGACACUCUCGCCACAGCCAAAUUCCUAGGCCGUCUCAUCGGCGAAUGCCAGCGUGGACUUUACGACGCAAUGUGCGAGCUCGCGCACGAAGCAGGCUAUCCCGCGGAUUGUGUUCAGCACAAGCGGCUUUCCGCGCGGUGGUUCGUUGUCACGGGGCAGCGGUUCGAGGAUGUCAAGGAGCUUGGGCGGGUUGAGAAGCCGGCUAAGUCGAGGGUACGUCCUGGGUUCUUGGACGCGGUGCCGAUUGUUGAGGCGUUCCUUACUUAUGGGCACUUGGCGGGGCGGGAGGAUGUGGCCGCGCCGUUUUGGCUGGAGCUGGAGUACGUCUAUGAGAUUGGGGCUCCAGCGCCGAGGAAGGGACGUGAGCAUCGUGAUGGCGCGCGCGGGAGAAGGAAGGGCCGCGGUGGAUAUUAUGAGAAUGUUGAGUUUUACGUUGACGACGACCCUGACGAGAUGACUGUUAUUGACGACUUUGGCUUUCCGUUGAUCGAUGACUUCUUUCCGGCUUGGUUUUAG